AUGGAUCGAAUCCAGCACAAGUUCGUGAAGGGUUGCGAUGAUCUCAAUCUUCACGUCGCUGAAAUCGGAACCGGUCAAAACGCUGUCGUAUUCUUGCACGGUUUCCCUGAGAUAUGGUACUCGUGGCGGCACCAGAUGAUAGCCCUUGCCGAUGCCGGAUUCAGAGCCCUCUCCUUCGAUUACAGAGGCUAUGGUCUCUCCGAUCCCCCACCGCAACCUCAUAAGGCCACUUGGUCCGAUAUUCUCAACGACCUCCUUCAUCUUCUUCAUGCCCUUGCUCUUCCCAAGGUGUUUCUUGUUGGAAAAGAUUUUGGUACUCGUCCUGCAUAUCUGUUUUCCAUUCUACAUCCUGAAAUGGUCUUGGGAGUUGUCACGUUGGGAGUUCCCUAUGUUCCCCCUGGCCCCUCUCUCUAUCACAAAGUCCUUCCUGAAGGCUUCUACAUUUUGAGAUGGAAGGAACCUGGAAGGGCAGAAGCUGAUUUUGGACGCUUUGAUGUAAAGACUGUUGUGCGUAAUAUUUACAUCCUCUUCUCAAGAAGUGAAUUACCGAUAGCUAAUGAAAACCAAGAGAUCAUGGAUUUGGUGGAACCUGAUACUCCUCUUCCCUCUUGGUUCACAGAGGAAGAUCUUGCUGCAUACGGGGCCUUGUAUGAGAAAUCUGGAUUCCAAAAUGCAUUGCAGGUCCCAUAUAGGUCAUUUGGUGAAGUGUUUAACUUAACAGAUACUGUGGUUAGAGUGCCGGCACUUGUGAUAAUGGGUGGCAAGGAUUAUAUUCUGAAGUUUCCAGGGAUUGAGGAUUUAACAAAGGGUGAAAAAGCAAAAGAGCAUGUUCCCAAUUUGGAGGUUACAUUUAUACCUGAGGGAACUCAUUUUGUUCAAGAACAAUUUCCUGAGCGGGUGAAUCGGCUCAUUCUGGAUUUCCUUGCCAAGCAUACUUGA